AUGACCCACGAGCAGAAGCAGAAUCUCCUCGUCGUCGCCCCUUAUAUCGAGAAGACGCUGAAUCCGAAAUACGUCUUGAGUUUUAUGAAGACUUGGCUCACUGAUGAGGAUGUAGUGAAAAUUCAGAUGGAAGGACAGAAGAACGGUCCAACUGCUGCCGCCUCACUGUUUCUUCAAAUCAUUCUGCGCCUCACAGAGGAUGGAUGGUUCCGUGGAUUUUUGGAUGCUUUGGACAGAGCAGGUUACAAGGGCCUUUAUAAGGCAAUUGACUCCUGGGAUUUCCAGUCGAUUGAGAACCUGGAGAAGUAUAGACAGCUGCUGAAAAAGAUCGAGCCUACUUUGAGAGAGAUUGAUCCUGUCCAACUAUUUCCAUACUUAGAUGACUGCCUCCUGGACCAGGAGCGCGAAGAGAUUAAACAGAUUAAAAAUACCAGCGGCAAAGGAGCAAGCGCAAUAAAAUUUGUGGAAUGCCUGUAUCGGUCAGAUAAGGAAAACUGGCCCAAAACCUUUCAGCUGGCACUGGAUAAGACUGAAUUUGACACUUCCCUCAAUCUCUGGAGGAGUUUGACAGAUGGUUCAGAUCACAGUGAUACAACAGAUGGUGAAAUGACAGAUGAAGAUGAGGACAGCUGUGCUGUUGAUAUAAAUGUGCAAUAUACUGAAGAAGUCCAGCCUGCCAAUUAUAGCCAGAAUGCCUGCUCCUCUUUGUGUUCUCCUGCAGAACCUUGUCAGCGGUCGACUUAUUUUCCAAAAGAGGCGAGAAGCUAUCAAACUGAACUUGCCCAGCCUGCUCUCAAUGGCAAAAAUACCAUCAUUUGUGCCCCUACUGGAUCUGGGAAGACCUUUGUGUCCCUUAUGAUAUGUGACUAUCACCUCCGCAACAGGCCUGCUGGGGUGAAAGGGAAGGUUGUCUUCCUUGCUACUAAAGUCCCAGUGUAUGAACAACAGAAGAAAGUCUUCCAGGAGCAUUUUGAAAGGACCAACUAUACUGUUACAGGCAUAUGUGGGGAAACAGCUGCAGAUACCCCGGUAUCCAUGGUUAUAGAGGGAAAUGAUAUCACGGUCAUGACACCUCAGAUUCUUGUCAAUUGUCUCAAUGAUGGAACCCUGCCUUCCCUUUCGCUGUUCACACUGAUGAUUUUUGAUGAGUGUCACAACACAACUGGGAACCAUCCUUACAGUGUAUUAAUGUCCAAGUACUUGGAUCUUAAAUUUGAACAAGCUGAGACACCACUACCUCAGAUUGUAGGAUUGACAGCCUCUCUUGGAGUGGGCAGCGCCAAAAAUCUUGAGGAGACCAUAGAACAUAUCUGCACAGUUUGUGCCUCGCUCAAUGCCCAGGUCAUAUCGACAGUCAAAGAGAACACGAAAGACUUGGAGGAGAUUGUUUACAAGCCUCAAAAAUCAAUUAACCUAACUGAGAAGCGUCCUCAAAGUCGCUUUGUGGACAUUAUUUCUCACAUGAUGUCUGAAACCGAAGCCCUGGCAAGAAAACUUUACCCUAUAGAUGCCUUGUCCCCCAUUAAGUGCAGAAGUUUUGGAACACAGAAAUACGAACAAUGGAUUGUCAAUGUACAGAAGGGAUGCUCAGUGUUGCAACUGCCGGAUAAGGAGGAAGAAAGCAGGAUUUGUAGGGCUCUUUUUAUUUACACGGAACACCUUCGGAGAUACAAUGAUGCCCUCAUCAUUAAUGAAGAUGCACGUACUCAGGAUGCACUGGCUUACCUGAAGGAAUUUUUUGAGAAUAUCAAGAGUGGAGGGUUUGAUGAAAUAGAAGAGAAGCUGACUUCGAACUUUGAAGAUAAACUGCCAGAGAUGAAUGCAAUUUCUCAAGAUGAAUCCAAUGAGAAUCCCAAAUUGGAAACAAUUACUUUCAUCUUGGAGGAAGAAUACCGCUUGAAACCCCAAACUCGUUCCAUUCUCUUUGUUAAGACGAGAGCUCUGGCGACAGCCUUGAAGAACUGGAUAGAGGAAAGCCCUCAGCUCAAACAUCUGAAGCCGGAUGUCCUGAUGGGACGCGGGAAGAGAAAUCAGAACACAGGUAUGACCCUGCCAAAUCAAAAAGGUGUCCUGGAUUCCUUCAAAAAUGAUGGGGACAGCAAGAUGCUCAUAGCUACAUCAGUAGCUGACGAAGGGAUUGAUAUUGUCCAGUGCAAUCUUGUCCUCCUGUAUGAAUACACAGGAAAUGUCAUCAAGAUGAUACAGGUUAGAGGUCGUGGCAGGGCAAAAGACAGCAAGUGCAUCCUUGUGACUAGCAAAAGUGAGCGGGCUGAAACAGAGCAAAACAACAUGUGGAAGGAGGAGAUGAUGAACAAAGCCAUUUUGAAACUGCAGAAGUGGGAUGAAGCUACGUUAGCUCAGAAGAUAAAUGACUUGCAAAUGAAACAAAAGUGGAAGCAAGAUUUCAAGAAAAAAGAAUCCCUGCCAAAGCCGAAGUCAGGCAGUCGAAGGCUGUUGUGUAGAAAGUGCAAAAAGUUUGCCUGUGACUCGGAAGACAUCAGGGUAAUUGAGAAAGCCCACCACACGGUCAUAGAUGAGAACUUCAGGCAGCGCUAUAUAACAAGGCCUCACGAGAAGAGAAUCAGUUAUGGCAACUUUGAGAAACGCUGCAAGGUAUACUGCAGUGAUGAAAAAUGUCAACAUGACUGGGGCAUUACUGUGAAAUACAUGACCUUAGAAGACCUACCCAUCAUCAAAGUGGAGAAUUUUAUAGUGGAAAAUGUUGUCUCCGGGCAGCAGAUUCAUUUCCGAAAGUGGAAAGAUGUCGAUUUUGCAAUGAAAGCAUUUGCCAUUAAAGAAAUGUCCGGCUGA